AUGCAAAGUAACGAGGAGAAAGCAGAGCUACUAUGCAACGCAUUCUUUCCACCUCCACCUGCACUCGCACUCCCCAGACCAAGGCCGGCACCUCAAACUGCACUUCCUCAGUGGACACCAUACUUGAUAAAGAGGGUGAGCAAGGCAGUUGGAUGUCUCAAGCGCGACAAGGCACCAGGCCCGGAUGGUAUCCCAAAUGCAGCAAUUCAGGAAGCACUCCCAGCUAUCAGUCCCAUCCUCAAGAAUGUAUUCAAUGCGGCCAUUCGACUCUGGCACAUUCCAAAGCAGUGGAAGGAAUCAACUACAGUGGUCCUACGAAAGCCAGGGAAGCCAGCGUACAAUAUAGCCAAAGCGUACCAACUGAUCGCGCUCCUCAACACCCUCGGAAAGCUUCUCUCGGCACUCAUGGCGGAGGACCUCACCUAUAUGUCCGAGCACUAUGCACUGCUCCCACACUCUCAGUUCGGUGGUCAACCAGGAAGGACAACAACGGACGCCCUUCACCCUCUCACAAGCACAAUCAAGAAGGCAUGGAGGGAGUCAAAGGUGGCCAGCGCACUGUUUCUCGACAUCCAAGCAGCAUUCCCCAAUGUUGUCAAGCCAGUCCUCAUGCAGAACAUGAGAGCAAAAGGGAUCCCAGAGGAGUAUGUGCAGACUCUCGAGAACAUGCUGACAGGCAGAUCCACAUGCCUCAAAUUCGACGAGGUGCACUCCGCACCCCGCGCUAUCACCAACGGGAACAGCCAAGGAUGCCCACUCUCGAUGAUCCUCUACCUAUUCUACAUUGCCCCACUACUGGAGAUCGCAAAUGGCAAGGACCAGCUCACCCUUGGGUUUGUGGACGACUCUACCCUGAUCGCCAUUGGCCAGAACUUCCACGACAUGCACCUCGGACUGAAGGACAUGAUGGAACGUGAAGGAGGCGUACUAGACUGGUCACGUUCGCACCACUCACCACUCAAGAACAACAAACUCGGGCUUGUCGACUUCACCAUGUCAUCCGAAAAGCGCAAAGGCUCACAUCCCCUGGUCCUUGAGGCAAAGGACAGCAAUGGCAGAACGUCAACAGUAACGAUUCAACCCACCAACAGUUGCAAGUUACUUGGAGUGGUGAUCGACCAGUCACUGCGGUGGAACAAGCACCAGGAGCUCAUGCACACAAGGGCAGUAAAGUGGACCUCACUAUUCUUGCGUAUACACAGGGCAUUCCAUGGCCUCCCAAUCCGCUCAGGCCGCCAACUCUUCAACUCCGUUGCCAUUCCUCGCAUCACAUACGCCGCAGACAUCUGGUACACCCCACUGUACACCAAGCCAGACUCUGCAUGCCGGAUGGGAUCUGUAGCCAUCACCAAGAAGCUGCAAGCCAUCCAACGUAGAGCCGCCAUCGGUAUCACAGGCGCUAUCCGCACAACAGCAGGAGAUACCCUUGAUGCGCACCUCAACAUGCUACCAAUCAAAGAAACUCUACGCCUCACAUGCCAGAAGGCGGUGGCCCGGCUGGCAAGCCUGCCCGCUACCCAUCCUCUCUCCAAAUUUGUGAAACGAGCAUCAAGAGGACUCCUCCAGAGGCACAACGCCCCCCUACAUUGCAUCUUCCACUCCAUCGACUCCAAAGUAGAUGACCUCGAAACCAUCACCCCAGCAUCACGCAACCCCAACGCCACUAACCCAUUCACUAUCUCAAUAGAGGAGUCGAGGAUGUUAGCGAAAGAGGUGGACAACAACAGCAACGGCAACAACGAGCAGGUAGUAGCUUAUACAGAUGGCUCAGGAAUGGAAGGCAUGAUAGGAGCAGGUGCAGUACUCUACAGAGAUGGAGUACGGAUAAGGUCAGCAAGAUUCCUGCUUGGAGAAGACACGGAGCACAUGGUACACAAAGGAGAACUUGUUGGAAUUGCACUCGGAGUCCAGCUAGCCAAGAUGGAAAGGAUCAUCAUACCACGUAUCAAGAUCAGCCUCGACAACCAGGCAGCAAUACAAGGAAUGGAGAACGUCAGUGCCAAAGCCGGCCAACACAUCAUCCACAAGAUCCACAGAGCAAUAGACGAACUGCGCAACAAUCAAAAGCGUAGACAAGAACUUGUAGAGGCGAGCGAUGAUGAGACGAGGAUCAAUCGAUCAACUCAGAUCACUCUCACGUGGGUCCCAGGUCAUGAAGGGAUCGAGGGUAACGAAGCAGCAGACAAGGAGGCCAAGAAGGCCAUCACAGAUGGAUCAUCCACAGCAGCAACACUCCCACCAUGGACAAAGGACACCCUCCCGCAGAAUAUCUCGGCACUCAGACAGGAACUCAAACUUGCAGCAAGGAAGUCAGCACACGACAAGUGGAAAUCUUCAGCACAGUACGACAGGACCAGGCCCAUCGACAAGACAAUGCCAUCCAACAAAUAUCUCCAAAUCACAGACGAGCUAACAAGAGCAGAAGCAGCGGCACUUAUUCAGCUACGUACAGGACAUAUCGGACUGAACAAGCAUCUGAACCGCAUCAACAGAGCGGAUGCACCGUGGUGCCCACACUGUGGAGAGGGAAAUGCAGAAAACAUAACUCAUCUCCUCCACAUCUGCCCAGCGUACAAUGCAGUGCGAGCCGAAUGGGAAGGAGCAUUGCAUGAGAAGACGAGAGAACCAGCGGAGAUACUAGGGACAAAGGAGGGAAUCAAGGAGACGUUGAAGUUUAUCAGGAGGACAGGGAGGUUGAAGAUGGGACGGGAGGAUACAAACGGAAGGGAAAGAGAGUAA